CUCCUGGCCCUUGGCCUGCUCUCCGCCUCCUCUGUGCUGGCGGCCGCCCCGGGCGCCGGGGCCAUGAGCAAAGAGGAGAAGCGCCGGUUGGGAAACCAAGUGCUUGAAAUGUUUGAUCAUGCAUACAGCAAUUAUAUGGAGCAUGCGUAUCCAGCUGAUGAACUUAUGCCUUUAACUUGCCGUGGACGAGUACGGGGUCAAGAACCAAGUCGAGGGGAUGUGGAUGAUGCCUUGGGAAAGUUUUCAUUGACCUUGAUUGAUACCUUGGACACUCUUGUGGUGUUAAAUAAAACCAAAGAGUUUGAAGAGGCUGUAAAAAAAGUAAUAAAGGAUGUUAAUUUAGAUAACGACAUAGUUGUAUCUGUCUUUGAAACCAACAUAAGAGUCCUUGGAGGUCUUCUAGGUGGGCAUUCAGUGGCAAUUAUGCUGAAAGAAAAAGGUGAAUAUAUGCAGUGGUACAAUGGUGAACUUCUGCACAUGGCAAAGGAACUAGGCUACAAACUUUUACCUGCUUUUAACACCACUAGUGGUCUCCCUUAUCCAAGAGUUAACUUAAAAUUUGGUGUAAGACAUCCAGAAGCACGAACAGGAACAGAAACUGAUACCUGUACAGCUUGUGCAGGUACCUUGAUCCUUGAGUUUGCAGCUUUAAGCCGAUUCACAGGAACAUCUAUAUUUGAGGAAUAUGCACGGAAAGCACUUGAUUUUAUUUGGGAAAAGAGACAGCGCAGCAGCAAUUUAGUGGGUGUUACUAUUAAUAUUCAUACUGGAGACUGGGUUCGCAAAGAUAGUGGAGUUGGAGCGGGAAUAGAUUCAUAUUAUGAAUAUUUAUUAAAAGCCUAUGUCUUGCUGGGAGAUGACAGUUUCCUGGAAAGAUUUAACACGCACUAUGAUGCCAUAAUGAGAUACAUUAGCCAACCACCUCUUCUUCUUGAUGUUCAUAUUCAUAAACCAAUGCUAAAUGCUAGGACCUGGAUGGAUUCUUUGCUAGCUUUCUUCCCUGGAUUGCAGGUGUUGAAGGGUGAUAUUAGACCUGCUAUUGAAACUCAUGAGAUGCUGUAUCAAGUUAUAAAAAAGCAUAACUUUCUUCCAGAGGCAUUCACAACAGACUUUAGAGUUCACUGGGCUCAGCAUCCGUUAAGGCCUGAAUUUGCUGAAAGCACUUACUUCUUGUAUAAGGCUACUGGGGACCCUUACUAUCUAGAAGUAGGAAAAACACUAAUUGAAAACUUGAACAAGUAUGCACGAGUACCUUGUGGGUUUGCUGCAAUGAAGGAUGUUCGUACAGGAAGUCAUGAAGACAGAAUGGACUCUUUCUUUCUGGCUGAGAUGUUUAAAUAUCUUUACCUGCUAUUUGCUGAUAAGGAAGACAUGAUUUUCGACAUUGAAGAUUACAUCUUCACUACAGAAGCUCAUCUAUUACCACUUUGGCUUUCUACUACAAACCAAACUAUCUCUAAAAAAAAUACAACUACAGAAUACACAGAGCUGGAUGACAGCAACUUUGACUGGACCUGUCCAAACACCCAGAUUCUUUUCCCAAACGACCCUAUGUUUGCUCAAAGUAUUCGUGAACCUUUGAAAAAUGUGGUGGAUAAGAGCUGUCCGAGGGGUAUUUCCAGAGCAGAAGAAAGUUUGGGAAGUGGACCAAAACCACCAUUGAGAGCUAGAGAUUUCAUGGCCAGUAAUCCUGAACACUUGGAGAUACUGAAGAAGAUGGGAGUCAGUUUGAUUCAUCUAAAAGAUGGAAGAGUACAGUUAGUACAGCAUGCAGUGCAAGCAGCAAGUUCACUUGAUGCUGAAGAUGGCUUACGGUUCAUGCAGGAAAUGAUUGAACUCUCCAGUCAGCAACAGAAAGAGCAACAGCUACCUCCUCGUGCUGUUCAAAUUGUUUCCCAUCCAUUCUUUGGCAGGGUGGUCUUGACUGCUGGACCAGCACAAUUUGGGAUGGACUUAUCCAGACACAAAGCAGGGACAAGAGGAUUUGUUGCAACCAUUAAGCCAUAUAAUGGAUGCUCAGAGAUCACUAAUCCUGAGGCAGUGAAAGAGAAAAUUGCUCUGAUGCAAAGAGGCCAGUGUAUGUUUGCUGAAAAGGCACGAAACAUUCAGAAAGCUGGAGCAAUAGGAGGCAUUGUUAUCGAUGACAACGAGGGAAGCAGUAGUGACACAGCUCCUCUCUUCCAAAUGGCGGGUGAUGGAAAGAAUACAGAUGAUAUCACAAUUCCCAUGCUCUUCCUUUUCAACAAGGAAGGAAACAUUAUACUGGAUGCAAUCCGGGAGUAUGAGGCUGUGGAGGUGCUCCUUUCUGAUAAAGCAAAAGACAGAGCAACAAUCUUUAAAGACUUGGAAAUGGAGAAUAUGGACCAGAAAUUAUCUGAAAACGAUUCACACAAACAGAAUUCAGAAGAAGCUGCUGCAGCAUCUCAGGAUGUUGGUGCGGUCAGUGAGGAGCCUGAAGAAGGAGAAAAUUCUGAUGUUACUGACGCUGAUUCUUUAUCUCCUGCUCACGCAGACAGUGACAGCAUUUCCAUUUCAAAUCAGGAUGCCUACGUCCCUGGAACCGAUGGGGCCAGUGCUCUGGAGCCAGCAUGUACGCAAGGGGAUAACCAGCCUCAGGAACAAAAGACUGAGACAGGGUCAAAUUCUAAAGUUAACUGGGAUAAUAAAGUCCAACCUAUGGAAUCCAUAUUAGCAGACUGGAAUGAAGAUAUAGAAGCAUUUGAAAUGAUGGAAAAGGAUGAGCUAUGACUUGUAAUCAUAACUUAUUUGUUAGUAAACAAACGGAGAACUCUUUGGGUAGAAGUGAUGAGGCCCUGAUAUCUGAGAACUAGAAAACACAUUCAGUAUUUUGAUGAGCAACCAGGUUUCACCUGGAAAUUACCACAGAAAUCCAGCACGUGCUCUUUGUAUUGUUUUAAUUUUUUCCUGUUUAAAAAUGGGAACAUGCAAUUGAAGCAUUUGCCUGGCUCCACUGCACGGUGCUGUAACCCAGGAGCUCGUGCAGGGAACGAACCUGACUUCUGUGUUCCAGGCUCUGAGAGGUCACGCUCCCUUGGUUUCUGGAAAGCAAAAGUUGAAUGUGGUGGGGUUAACACACCACGUAACGGUUAUUGCUGAGAGCACUUGAAGGCAGUAGGUCAGCCACCAUUCUGGUUGGAGAAAAGGUGUGGUUUCUCUGAUCUCUGCCGAGAUGAAAGCCUUUGUUGAUAGCAGCAAGUGAAAUUGUUUCCAGUUGUUGUGUCUUUAAGACAUGGCUAGAAGCAGUUUGAUUUUUGUCCUGACACAUUCUACUGAGGCAUAGUAGUGUUGCUCAUCACUCCUUCCAUCUGUUACCGUGAAGAAUGACCAUGAUGACAUGCGAGUGUUCCCUUCUCCGCUUUCGACUAGAGAAACUGUAUAAACCAAAGGAAACGUGUACUUUGUAAGCAGGUUCCAUCAGGGAAACUAAGGGAGCUUUGGGCUCUACCAGGUUGUGGUAGUUGUACCAUAUUGUGAAAGUUAUGCUCAAGCUUAAGAUAAAGUGGACAAGGCAGAUGUUGAGUUACAGGUAUUUCUUUUGGCCUUCCAGGUUGAAAAGCUCAUUCUACCCCAAGAUACAGAAUUUAGACUGGUGAUAUUCUCUGAAAGGACACUAAACAGAACUAGUUCAGCUAUAACA